AUGUUGAGGAAGGGGAGGGGGUUAGAGAGAGAGGGAUGGAGGGCGGCGACGAGGAGUUUCUUCAAUGGGACAGUCCCAAAGGAGGGGGACUUCCCCGUGCUGGAGGGCCAUCCCAAGGCGCAGGAGAACGCCGAGUCUGCCGUACGGAGGUACGGGCUAAGCCGGCGGCAGACGGCGGAGGGCGAGAAGGGGAAGAAGGUGAAGGAGUUCCAGAUCUACCGGUGGAAUCCCACCUCCCCCAGCAGACCUUUCCUCCAGUCUUUCUUCGUCGAUCUCGCCACCUCCGGCCCGAUGGUAAUUAUUAUACGCUGGCUCCCCUCCCCCACUCUCUCUCUCCCUCUGUAUCUCUUGUUCUCUCUUUCUCUCUCUAUCUCUAUCUCUUGUUCUCUCUCUUUCUCUCUGGUUCUUUUGUCUGUCUCUCUCUAGCUUUUUUCUCUGGGCAAAGGUGUUGGACGUGCUGCAGAGGAUCAAGGCGGAGCAAGACCCGAGCCUGAGCUACCGGAGGUCAUGCAGGGAGGGGAUAUGCGGCUCCUGCGCGAUGAACAUCGACGGCCUCAACAACUUGGCGUGCCUAAAGCCCAUUGAUAACGACGCCUCCAGGCCCUCCAUGAUCACCCCCCUCCCUCACAUGUUCGUCGUCAAGGACCUCGUCGUCGACCUCUCCAACUUCUACCAGCAGUACAGGUACAUCUCUCGUCCUCCAUUUAACACGGAAUAAGAGAGAGGAAGGAUGUCGUGAAGACUUCUCUCUCAUCUUCUUGUUCUCUCUAUCUCUCUCUCUCUCUCUCUCUCUCUCUCUCUCUCUAUGUCUCCUGCGCCGUUGUGAGGUCCAUCGAGCCGUGGCUGAAGACGAAGGGUAAGCCGGAAAACGGGAGAGAGUACAGGCAGUCGCCGGCGGAGAGGAAGAAGCUGGACGGACUGUACGAGUGCAUACUUUGCGCUUGCUGCAGCGGCGCCUGCCCAGAGUACUGGUGGAACCCUGAGUCCUUCCUUGGCCCUGCCACCUUGCUGCAAGCCUAUCGAUGGGUCUCCGACAGGUAGAGCUCACUCUUCUUCUCUCUUUCUGUCUCUCUCUCUCUCCAUAUCUAUCUAUCUAUCCACCCUUCCAUCUAUCUCUGUCUCUCUUCUUGCAGUCGGGAUGAGUACACGGCGGAGAGGUUGCAGGCCUUGACGGAAGACAGGGACAAGCUGCACCGGUGCCGGAGAGUCGGCAACUGCACUGCCAACUGCCCCAAGAGCCUCGACCCCGAGAAGGCCAUCGAGACGAUGAAGCAGGAGCACCUCUACCCGUCCUUCCUCCGUCCAUUGCAUUCUACGUUGGCUGUGUAG